UGUUUGGCCUUCACCAGCCUCUGCCGUUCACGUGCAGAUGGAAACUUCAUAUGUAAAGCUCCGUUGUGCCAAAUUCCACAUGAAUGCACAAGGCAUGAGCGCAAUCAGCGAGUCAGAUCCUAGUAAAAACUGCCUCCGCCGGAAGCUGGUACAGUUUUAGUUGUGGCAAGGCCUAGGUACAUACGGUGAACAUUCCCAUUGAUACUCGGUACACACAUAAGACUUCUGGACACCUACUCAGUGAUGAAAUAUGUUUUUACAGUUUACAAUGGAUCUUAGCAGUGUCUGUGAACAUUGAUAAAUGUUUUACUGAAUGGUUAUAGAAAGUGACGGAUACUUGUGAGUUGUCAAUAUGAGUGGAAAACGAGUCUCCCAUCGGAAUGGUAAUAGUCCGGACUACAACAUAGUCCUACUAGGAGAGUUGGGAGUAGGAAAAUCAGCACUAACCGUGAAGUACAUAACCCGACGGUUCAUCAUGGAGUAUGACCCUAACAUUGAGGACACGUACACAAAGCACGAAGACAUUGAUGGAACAGAAAUGUGUAUUCACGUCAUGGAUACCUACGAUAAGGAGGACAGCGACCCCUUGCGGUAUCUACGAUGGGCAGACGGCUUUAUGGUGGUGUACGGGAUCACAAGUAGACAAAGUUUUGAUAAAGCGCGUGAAUAUUUAGAGAGUGUCACACAAUACCUCAAAGCCAACUCGAAAGAUUCUCCUGUGGCUCUGGUCGGAAACAAAAUAGACCUCGAACGAUAUCGGCAAAUAAGCAAAGUAGAAGGGAACACACUUGCACAAGAGUUUGAGAGUUUGUUUUUCGAGACAACGGCAGCUGAGGAAUUUGAAUACGUAGAAGAUGUUUUCCAUGGGAUCAUUCAUGAAAUACAGCGUGAAAAGGGAGACCGCCACGUGAACUUUCAACCUUUGUUCAUUUCUGAAGAAAAAUUCCAUGCCGCCCAGAGGCGACCAAAAUCACCUCGAGCUGGACCUGACAAAAAGGAGGACAAGGGACCUACCAAGAAAAACAGCUCUAGCUUCAAACUUUUCAACAAAAGCUUUAAAAUAUUUAAUUAAAUUAAUCUGUAGCUUAGUGGAUUAUGUGGAACAUUCAGAGACACUACUGUUAUGGGGUGUCUGAAACCUGUGAUAAGUUUCAUUAAAUUAUUGCGUGUACAAUUAUAAUAACUGUUUAAUUUAUUUCUCGUAUGUUUUUAUGUCACAGACAGGCAACAUACCAGCUUAUUCUGUCCAGAACCUAGCGGGCUUCGUUCAGGACAUGACGAGUUGUUCCGUUUCCAGCAGACAAUGUUUUGUUCGUAAUUAUGUUUUCUAAAUUCAUAUUUAGUCUUGAUUGGUUGAGCAGUGCAGCGCUAUUUCCCUAUUCUGAUGGUAUUGCAAUAAUUGUUCAUCAAUAAAAUGAAAUGACCAGUGUUCAUCAAGUGGCGAUGUUUUGUUGAUGUACAGAAAAUAGUACUGUGUUAAUUAAAUAGUGAAUGUGUUGCACAUUCUUUGUUUAAUGAAAUAUCUUAAUGAACCAGCCAGAAUAGUGCAGCCUGAGCAACGGUCUUAAACUGUGUAGGAUUCUGUAAAAUUGUUCAUAUAUCGGUAAUCACGGUUCGUUACAUGGGAUUGCAAUAUAGACGUCCAUUGAUUGGUUAGCCAUGAUUACAAUCUUGUCAUUCAUACAUUGGUAGUCAGGGUUACACAGAAUUUUAUAACUAAUCGUUUAUUUAUUGGCGGAUUUCAAUCUAGUCGUCUAUUAAUUUGAGGCCAAGAUGACAUCGGAUUUUCAUCUUCCUUAAUUGGUUGCCAGGUUACGUAAGAUUUCAAUAUAUGUAAGCGUUCAUUAAUUGGUAGCCAUGGUUACAUAGAUUUCAAUCUAGAGGCGGCAUUCACAAGUUGGAAGCCAGUGUUACGUUCGAGUAAUUAAUAAUUAGUAGCCAAGAUAAGAUCGAAUUUUUAAUAUUUGCCUUCAGUAAUUGACAGCCAGCUUACGUAAGAUGUUAAUGUACAUACAUGACCCGAUAGGUAGGAUUACAUUGGAUUUGAAUCCAGUAAUUUGGUAAUUGGUCGCUAGAUUGCCGAGGAUUUCUAUCCAGUUGGUCUAUUUAUUGUCAGAUUUCAGUGUUCAAUGAAUCUAGUCAUUCAUAAAUUGGUUUUCAGGGUAACUAUGACGAUGAAUUUAGUAUUGCACAUGAAUUCUUUAUUGUUGUGCUUCCUUUGUAUGUCUAUGUAUGAGCGAUGAACCAUAUUCCGAUUUCGUCACAUGGUUUCAGCCAAGAUCACUGCAGAAAUGGACAAGUUAUCGCCCCUGUCCCAUACAUUUUACGAUCACUUUACCGAGUACAUCCACCGACGUUUAUUACUUCCUAUGCAUGUAUAACCAGUCCCUAAUUAAAAUUGGUUCUUCAUUUCCUCCCUAUACUGAUGUAUCAUAUAUACAGAGCACUGCAGAUCCAAUUUUAAUUAGAUUGAUUUUUGUUUACUUCUUCAAUUCAAAACAUUUACAUUCUAGAAUCAUAUGAAGCUUCCAUGCAUUUAGUCCAUGGAAAUAUUAAUAGGAAUAUCAUCUAAUUCAAAUUACCUGUUUGUCCUAAUACAUAUUGUAUGGGAGGGUCUUCGUUUUCAGGAACAAUAAAAUAUUACAUCGGAACAUGGCUUUCUUUAUUUUACAUCCAAGCAGAGUACAGUACAACACUAAUGUAAGAAUUAUUUCAGAAAACCGGAUCUAGCAUCUUCCUAACACUACGGUCGAAUCCUGCAAAAUUGCGAAGGUUUAGUAGACCAGGGACGUAUAAUGCAUUAAACUGUCCCCGAGUAGACCGAAUGCUGGACUAUAUGGUAAAAUACUAUUUUUGGGUGUUAAUAUGCUAUUUUUGGGUGUUAAUAUGCAAGCAGUUCGUAUUUGAAAACCAAAUUUAGAUGACAAUAACAAGAACAGGGCUUCGAGAUGGUUAUAUCUUGACAAUCACAUUAUCAUCGCAAGAUAUACACCUGGAUACUUAUUAACUGUCUAUGUAACUAAAAACAUGGCAUUAAACUUGCUGUAAAGCCAAUAUUUGCUGUUUAUAUUGCCGACUACAUUUAACAUCUUUUUUUUUUUUAAUAUCAAUUUUGCAAUUUUGAGACAUUUUGUCUAUAAUGAUCAGAUUUUGACCAAUCUUUAGUUUAAGACAGAUGAAGUUUCAAUUUAUCAAUUAAGUCUGCACAAAUAGGGAGCACUUGUGUGUGUUAUCCAUGGUUCAUGCUGGUGAUAUUAAUAACAUCAGGACAAACUAUCAUGCUUUCAAUUUUGAUAAUUUUGAAAACGUAUAGAGUAUUUAAGCAAAUUUAACUGCUUUCUCUUUGUCCUUCUACAGUAAAGUAACAAAAGACAACAGAUUUUUUUUUAAGAUACACAUCAGACAUUUAUUGAUCCAUUAACCAGUAAAUAUUACUGGCAUAUUGAGUAUGCAAUACAAGUGCCUAUAAUAGGUACACAACACUCGUUCACAACUGGUAUGUCUCACAAAAUACAUUUGACUACAUGUGGCGGGGUACCAGAGCUAUACGGCUUCGUGCAACUGCAUCAUAAUGUGUGGGGUCUCUUCGUAAAAUGUCCAUUCCAGACACAGCACAACUUUACAUUUGUAGCAAAAUAAUAAUAACAGUGAUAAUUUGUACAGAACCAUUAUGUAUAAACCAGCUAUCCUACUCAAGGGACUGUCUGAACACCAGCAUUACCCAUUCAGCAUGGACACAGCUUGUAAUACUGACAAAAUGACACACUCGCAUUUAGUUAACUGUUAAACCUGACAGUCUACUAUAAACAAUCUAGAUGAGGCAAUGCGACUAUGUACAUCAAUGUUGGAAACGAUUAAUCUUGAUUUACCUGCACACCACGAGAACAAAGAUAAAAUAUGGAUACAGUGAUCUGGUAUGGAGAAAGCCAGCAGCUUCAGGUAGUCGGAUGUCUUUUAUACAUGAAUGAUUUAAAUGUGGUCAUCAAAAAUUAGAUUCUUCAACCUUUGAAGCUAACUUCGGUAUGAAAUUCAGUAUAAACCAGGAUAUGGAAUUCAAACUGAAUACUGAAAAAGAACGUUAUAUGCCUUGUAUUGAUUUUAAUCGGAAAUCAAGAUAUAUUUUAAUCCAGGUUAUGGAACACUAUAAAGGCCUAUGUUUUGAUUUGCAUAAUGUUUUUUCUUUAAGAAACAGAAAGUAAGAGAUAUUACUUCAACUCUAAAUACAAUUAUAGCUCUAAUGUGAAGGUUUAAACACAAUAUUUAAGAUAAAAAUAUGACAAAGAUAACAGAAAAAAUAUUAAAAACAAUAUCACAACAUCAAGAGACAUUUCAUGUUGAAAAGAUGUAAGCUAUUCUGAGGAGUCUUCUUACAGAAAUAGCUAAUACAAAUGCAUUUUUACAAAAUGGCUGAAACAAAGACAAGUUUCCUAAAAUGUAACUUGGACUAAAGUGUGUGAUGGGUUACAUUGAUUGGAAGUAGCCAUCCUCAAGUAUAUUGUUCUUGAACGUGGUGUUUGUAAAUUUGAAGAUUUUUUCCCCACUCUCCCUCCAACUGAUAGAAUUUCAUGUAUUUCUCCCUCAAUCUGAUACAACUUUACAGAAUCUUCAUCCAAAAUUUCCACACAAACUCUAACAUCAUUGAGCAAUGUACAUCCAAUAAACAAAUGGUUCCCACAUCAAAUGCUGUUCUAGUCAUAUUUCUUU